AGAUUGGAAUUACUCGUUACAUUUUUGAUCAUCGAUCAACAGAGUACAGCUGCGUGCUUAGCAACCGCUGGUUGUCUUCUUUCCCACGCCCACUGGAGACAGUUGCAAAGUGCGACCAAUCAGAGGCGACACCCGUGCCGCUCCGCCAAUGGGAAUAAAACGAGGCGUGUCCUUACGACGCCGUGUUCCGUGUGGAAAGUUUACCGGCUCGGGUGCAAAGUUUCAGCCGUCUGCAAAGCACAGCUCGUCGGUCGGGGAACGUUUCUGGAAUAUGCUGUUCGAAACGGCGCUUCAUUCACGCGGUACCUAGUCUUUCAUCACGGACUAAUUUCGCGUGGCUUCUUCAGACCGGGGCGAGUGAUGCUGCUGAAUGACGACACUGUUUACACCGACCGUUGUAUUGUCUCAGGGAGCCAGCUAGCAUAAGCUCACUCGCUAGCUAGGAGUCGAACCCGAGAGCUAGCUAGCUGUUGACCGGUUGAUCGUGUAAGAAUAAAACGCAGAGACCUCGUUGAAGUCGACGAAGGACCGCUGUAAAGAGGAUCAAAAUGGCCUGUGAACCGAACCGAGUCCGGCUGCUCUGCAUGCUCUCACUGACUUUUGGAUAUUUCUUUGUGGAGGUGGUGGUGAGCCGGAUCACUUCAUCUCUGUCCAUGCUGUCGGACUCCUUUCAUAUGCUGUCGGAUGUCAUCGCGCUGGUCGUGGCUCUGGUCGCGGUGCGUUUCGCGGAGAAAACCCACUCGACCAACAAAAACACUUUCGGCUGGAUCCGGGCGGAGGUGAUGGGGGCUCUGGUCAACGCCGUCUUCCUCACCGCGCUAUGCUUCACCAUCGUACUGGAGGCGAUCGAGCGUUUCACUGAACCCAAUGUGAUCGACUCCCCCAUAAUGGUCGCCGUGGUCGGUGCUGUGGGGCUCCUGGUCAAUCUGCUUGGACUCUGCCUAUUCCACGGGCACGCCGGCGGCGGCCACGGGCACUCCCACGGAGGUCACGGUCAUGGGAAUAAGAACAAAAAGGGCAAAGCGAUCCAGCAGGCUGGGAACGGGUCUUCAGCAGAGGAGACCAACAACUUGGUGGGCAAUCACAACAGCCCCGGGGAUGUGAGACCGACAAAUGAAAUCAGCUGUAAAGACGGCACAGAGGUGCAGAUGAAUGGCAACACCCACUAUGAGGACAUGGACGCUGACCAGGACUCAACGUCGCAGCUCAACAUGCGCGGGGUUUUCCUGCAUGUGUUGGGCGACGCUCUGGGCUCCGUCAUUGUGGUUAUCAAUGCUGUAAUAUUUACUUUUGUGUGGCAGCCCUGCCUCCCUGACGAGGAUUGUAUGAACCCAUGUGUCCACAAUCACGGCCCGGAGCCCCCAGUAAAUCGCACAGUGCCGCCCCUGAAGACAGCCGGCCCUUGCUGGGUCCUAUACAUGGAUCCCACUCUCUGCAUCAUCAUGGUGGGAAUCCUGCUGUAUACCACCUACCCGCUGCUCAAAGAGUCGGCCCUCAUCCUGCUUCAGACGGUGCCCAAGCAGAUCAACAUGCACCGGCUCAACGAGCGGCUGCUGAAUCUGGACGGAGUGCUGGCCAUCCACGACCUGCACAUCUGGCAGCUGGCCGGCAGCCGCAUCAUCGCCACAGCUCACAUCAAGUGCCACGACCCCACGUCUUACAUGGAGGUUGCCAAACGGAUCAAGGACUUCUUUCACGACGAGGGCAUCCACGCCACCACCAUCCAGCCAGAGUUCGUCACGUUCAACUCCGGGUCGCGAGGCUCGCUCUGCGAGCUCUCCUGUCGGACACAGUGCGCUCCAAAACUGUGCUGUGGCUCGAUCGACAAACAGAACCCGGGCGCUGACAAAAAGGCGAGCAGCGACAGCAGGUCGGCUGCUUCUUCAGCUUUGGAGGUGAUCAGCGAGAGCACAGAGCAGACUGCGGGCAUUCAGGUGUGUCCUCAGUCAGAGGCCAAAGUUACCGUCACCAGAGAGGUGGAGUCAUCUCUGUGAGAUGGAGAGGUCUGAGACAAGUUGAGGAGAAGCUAGAUAACUACCACUACAGGCAGAUUUCUUCACCAUUGUCACUUGAGGAUGCUGUUGUUGUUUUGCCCUGUAGUUGCCCUGAUACAGAUAUUAGCCUUUUAUUCUGUGAAAUCCCCCCCCCC